GUUGUGUUGGAAGUAGUUGGGGCGAAAAUGGAGUGCAGCAUCAAGUUGGCGGGAUCCGUCGGUUGCUCAUCUUGUCAACGACGACACAAGCACGGGACAAAAGUUGUUCAGUCAAGAACUGAAUUUUGGCAAAAACGAAGUUUGGCCACGACGGAAGAUUGAGUAAAACAUAAAAUCAAAAUUGAAAGAUGCCGAAGGUAAAUGAAGACCGAAAGAAAAAGCUAGAGGAUUCUAGCAGUAGUGACUCUGGCCCUGACGAUAGGACUCCGGUUGCUAAAAAACCAAAGACUGACGCUUCAACUUCCAAUAAAGGAAAAAAGGGCGAUGAGGAACCAUCCUGGGAAUUAGGAAAGAAAAAAUUCGCAAAAGUUCGCCAGUUCAAGGGACAAAUCUAUGUGGAUAUUCGGGAGUAUUAUGGUGAUGAUAGCGACUUGAAACCAGGAAAAAAGGGCAUAAGCUUAGCCGUUGACCAGUGGCGUAAACUGAAGGCGGCAAUUUCUGAGAUAGAUGAUGCGGUUUCGAAUAUUUAAUACUAAUAUUACCCUUAAUAUUCGCUACUACUAAUGAAAAUGAUUGGCGAGUUUGCGUUCAAUUAAAAUAAAAACUAAACAAGAGGAUAAGUAAA